GUGACUUAUGGGCAGUGCACGGGGCAGCAGAUUAACCCAGCAAAAUGCUCCAUCAUGUUCAAUGGAAAAAUGCAGCUGACCCUGAAGGACCAGGUCAAAGCUAUACUGCAGGUGGAGAAUGAUGUGUUAGAUGCACGGUACUUGGGGCUCCCGACGCUGAAAGGAAGAAUGAAGGGGGAUCGGUUCCAGUAUCUGAAGGAGCGCAUAAGCAAACAUCUCAAGAACUUCUCGGAGAAGAACAUGUCCAGUGCAGCAAAAGAGAUUCUCAUCAAAUCGGUGGCCCAGGCUCUGCCAACGUACAUCAUGGGUGUCUUUAAGCUCCCUCUUGGCCGAUGCGAUGAUCUGACGAGCAUCAUUAGGAACUUCUGGUGGGGCACAAAACAUGGCCGACAAAAAACAGCUUGGACUGCUUGGGAAGCGAUGAUCCAGAAAAAAUGUUGUGGCGGCCUGGGAUUCAAAGAUCUACGUCUGUUCAACCAAGCCAUGCUAGCUAGGCAGGCCUGGCGCCUAAUCCAGUUCCCGGACAGUUUGUGUGCACGCAUGCUAAAAGCCAAGUACUUUCCGAGGGGGAGCUUAGUUGAUACUGCCUUCUGUUCAAAAGCUUCUACAACUUGGCAAGCAAUUAUGCAUGGGUUGGAGCUUCUCAAGCAAGGAAUCAUUUGGCGAGUGGGCAAUGGCACACAAAUUCGUAUCUGGAGAGACCCAUGGAUACCGCGGGAAAUAUCACUCAGGGUCUUUUCUCAGAGAAGGUGUCGCUUGCGAUGGGUGUCCCAACUGUUGGAUAUUGAGGGAAGAGGCUGGGAUCUUCAAAAGCUCCCCCAAAUCUUUAAUCUGGCCGAUGCAGAGGAAAUUGCCAAGAUAAAGAUUCCUGUACGGGCGUCGGAAGACUUUAUAGCGUGGCACGCGGAAAGAAAUGGAAUGUUCUCUGUCCGAAGUGCUUAUAACCUGGCGCUUAGAAUCAAGCUUGGACAGGGAGUGCAGGGCUCCAGUUCAGCUCCAACUGGCGAGAGGAAAUUGUGGCAGCGUGUGUGGGCCGGUCAUGUUCCACCAAAAGUCAAUGUGUUCAUUUGGAAGCUGGCAAAGGAUAUCCUACCGACCAGAUGGGCGAAAUUCAUCCGACGGUUAUUCAGAUACACCGGUCCAGAUUGGCUUCUGCUCCUCCUGGAUCAAUGUUCAGAUGUUGAACGUGACCUUACCAAGCUGCUGUUGUGGAAGGCUUGGUCAGUUCACAAUAAUAUCACGCAUCAGGCAGGACCAACAAGUAUAUCAGAAGCUGAACAUGCUCUGCUCUCCAUGCAAGCUACUUUAGCUGAAAUUCUAUUAGGCGGCGAAGGGGUCAAAGGUAAAGGGAAAGCACCAUGUUCAUGGUCCGGCAAGAACAAGCGGCUCAGUUCGGCAAGCAAGGAGCAGGACAGGAAGACCAAGUGGGAGCCCCCUCCUGUAGAUGGCUCAUUUGUCCAGCAGUCUGGGGCAGCUGGAGUUGGAGUAAUUGCUCGCGACAGCAUGGGCCAUGUUCUCCUCUCAGCUUGGCGUGCCAUUUUGGAAUGCCAGGAUGCUGCAGAAGCAGAAGCUUGGGCAUGCCUAGAAGGUUUCUGGCUGGCUGCACAAUGGAUCCAUGAGCCGGUCAUCGUUGAGUCUGAUUGCAUAAGAAUAGUCCAAGCUAUGCAAGCAAAGGAAGACCGAUCCGCUCUUAGAUUCAUCCUGCUGGAGGUCAAGGAUCAAGCGCGGAUGUUAUCUGAGUGGCGAAUGGCCAAGGUAAAAAGAGAGUGUAAUUUAGUUGCGAAUGAAUUAGCUCAGUUAGCUAGGAGGAACAUGCAUUCUGCGGUGUGGUUAAGACGUGUGCCUGCGUGCGUUGAUGAUUUUGUCAAGAAUGAUUCGCUACAAUUGAAGCACAAACCAAACAACGCCUCUGUGCCCGUCAGCUUCUCGCAGCCGCAGCUGCCAGCUGAGCUCGCCGGCCCCACCGGCGGCCGGCACGCGUGCGUGCUCGCCGGGCAUCUCGCUGCCCACCGCCGCACGGCGGCCGACGGAGCUGCGCCGGCCACACGACCCAUCCCGUCGCGGCCUGGCCGGGCCCCUGCCGCCGCACCAGAGCGCAGCAGCGUCAGGUCCCGUCGCCCGCCGCGGCUUUCCACGCCCGCCGCCCAUCGCAAGCCCGACGCGGCUCACGCGCUGGUUGACCGGGUGCGGCCGAGGAGUCAGUGA